UGGUUGACACCUGAGGCUUGUGGGCCCUGUAGCUUCCCUGUGCCUGCUGUGAAUUUUUAUCAAGUUAUAAAAUACAUUCACUUGUGUUUUGACUGGGCAGUUAACAAAAGCGAAGUGGAAAGUCUGAUCAAGCUCUUCGACACGCUGGUGGGCAAGCCCAGUAACCGCUUCGCUACGGUCGGCUUUGACCGAAACAUGUUCAGAGACACGCUGCACAGCGUGUUUGGCAUGAUGGAUGACAUGAUCAUGGACAGAGUGUUCCGCACUUUUGAUAAAGACAACGAUAGCUGCAUCAGUGUGGUGGAAUGGGUGGAAGGCUUAUCAGUAUUUCUUCGGGGGACAUUGGAAGAAAGGAUUAAAUACUGUUUUGAGGUUUACGACCUGAAUGGUGAUGGAUACAUUUCAAGAGAGGAAAUGUUUCAAAUGCUGAAAAACAGCCUUCUCAAACAGCCAUCAGAAGAAGAUCCUGAUGAGGGAAUUAAGGACUUGGUAGACAUAGCACUGAAGAAAAUGGACUACGAUCAUGAUGGCAAGCUUUCUUUUAUGGACUUUGAAAAAGCAGUCAGAGAUGAAAAUCUUCUCUUAGAAGCCUUUGGACCAUGUUUGCCAGACCUAAAGAGCAGUAUGGCAUUUGAACAGAAAACUUUCCAGGAAACUCGUAAACUGUAACUCCAAGUGGAAUGCUGUUGUAAGAGGUUU